AGCCGGGCGGUACAUCAUCUAUGAUUGGUUAACGCGAUCUUCUUGCUGCAACGGAGGAACCGGUGGGCACGAACCAGGGGGAGUAAUUGCUGUAAAAUGGCGCUGUCUCAAGGAACAAAGAAAAAAGUUUGCUAUUACUAUGACGGUGAUGUGGGGAACUACUACUACGGCCAGGGCCACCCCAUGAAACCCCAUAGAAUUCGCAUGACGCACAAUCUUCUUCUCAACUAUGGACUGUACAGGAAAAUGGAGAUCUAUAGACCACACAAAGCCAGUGGUGAAGAGAUGACCAAGUACCACAGCGACGACUACAUUAAGUUCCUGAGGUCUAUUCGACCAGACAACAUGUCUGAAUACAGCAAACAGAUGCAGAGAUUUAAUGUUGGAGAAGACUGUCCAGUGUUUGAUGGUCUGUUUGAGUUUUGCCAGCUCUCAACAGGUGGCUCUGUUGCUGGAGCAGUGAAGCUGAAUAAACAGCAGACAGAUAUCGCCGUCAACUGGGCUGGUGGUCUCCACCACGCAAAGAAAUCUGAGGCCUCUGGUUUCUGCUACGUCAAUGACAUCGUCCUAGCCAUUCUGGAGUUGCUUAAGUACCACCAGAGGGUUUUAUAUAUUGACAUUGACAUCCACCAUGGUGAUGGAGUCGAAGAAGCCUUCUACACCACAGACAGGGUCAUGACUGUUUCUUUCCACAAAUAUGGGGAGUACUUCCCUGGCACUGGAGACCUACGGGACAUUGGCGCUGGAAAGGGUAAAUACUAUGCAGUCAACUACCCACUCAGAGAUGGGAUUGAUGAUGAAUCUUAUGAAGCCAUCUUCAAACCUAUCAUGGCUAAAGUCAUGGAGAUGUACCAGCCAAGUGCUGUCGUGCUGCAGUGUGGAGCUGAUUCUCUUUCUGGAGACAGACUCGGCUGUUUCAACCUAACCAUUAAAGGCCAUGCCAAAUGUGUUGAGUACAUCAAAAGUUUUAACCUGCCCUUGUUGAUGCUGGGUGGAGGAGGCUACACCAUUCGUAAUGUGGCCCGUUGCUGGACCUAUGAAACAGCCGUCGCUCUUGACUGUUCCAUCCCCAACGAGCUUCCCUACAACGAUUAUUUUGAGUAUUUUGGCCCUGAUUUUAAAUUGCACAUCAGUCCGUCCAACAUGACCAACCAGAACACCAAUGAGUACCUGGAGAAGAUCAAGCAGCGUCUGUUUGAGAACCUCCGCAUGCUGCCUCAUGCCCCUGGUGUCCAGAUGCAGGCCAUCCCCGAAGACGCUCCCCACCCUGACAGCGGAGAUGAGGAUGAGGAGGACCCGGACAAACGCGUGUCUAUCCGUGCCCAUGACAAGAGGAUAGCCUGCGAGGAGGAGUUUUCGGACUCUGAGGAUGAAGCAGAGGGUCAGGGAGGAGGCCGCAGGAAUGCUGCCAACCAUAAGAAGGCUAAACGAGUGAAGAAGGAGGAGGAGAAAGAAGGAGAGGAAAAGAAAGAAGUGAAAGAGGAAGAAAAGGAGGAAGAGAAAAUGGACACAUCAGGACCAAAAGAAGAAGUAAAAACUACUUGAAGUGCACCCCAGGAUAAAAUGAAAGGUUAUACUGGAACCGUCCGGCCCCUCUGAUUAUUCCUCCUACUGCAACGAUAGGACUGUUUUUUGUAUUCCUGUUUUACUGUGCAUUCUUAACAGGCAAACCUGAUUUACACAGUUGGGCUGGCGUUGACCAGAGUAUUUGUCAGAGAAUUGACAAAGCAUGAUUUGCCACCCCUCUGUUGUUAGUUACCUCACCUACCUGGAACUCCUUGUAGUAGAAAACAAAUGCCACAAAUCCCUCCCAGCUGUUGUGUGAGGCAGUUCUGCUUUAAUGUGAAAAAAAACCCACCCAAAGUGUUGCUGUUUCUAUCAUGGCGCAUAAACAUGUUUGUGGGGCUCUAGCUAAAUUACCUGCAGAUGUGGAUUUACUUGUAGUGCUCACAUGCAAAAAGGUUCUCCUGUUGUUUUUAAACAUCUAUUUAUGAUACGUAGAAUAACCAGCAUUUGGCAGUUGUUUGACAUGCCGUUCAUUUAUCAGUGCAUGAUCUUGCCUUUAACAUGUACAUGCUGUCCUCCCUUUGCCCACUCACCAUCUUCAGACAAGUCCGUAAGUUAUUUUGAAUCAUGAAUGCAGUUGGCCCCUUCAGAAAGUCUUCCUCGGAAUUAAUGUGUUUCCCUUAUCCCCUUCCUGUACUGUUUGUAUGUUACUGCGUGAAUGGGUGUGACCUCAGCAGAGAGCUGUUGGGAAGUGAUACUUAGUUUUAGCCAUUUUGUACCAUUAUAAAGGUGGAGUGAGCUGGUAUGUGUUUAUUUGGAGUUUUAUUCUUGUGAUGUGCAUUAUCAUUACUUUUGUUAUAAAAUAAAAUGGAUCCACUUUUCUUUAUACAAA